AUGGGCGACAGCGAUACGGGUGAGAGAGAUAAUGAAGAAUGUUCAAUGUUGUGCAACCAGGAGCCUAACUCUGAUUCACCUGAAAUGGAUGUCGAGGCAAGGCAUUUUUCACUUGUACAGGUAAAAAUCAUCUAUCCAUUAAUAAAUCUUCAGGUCACUAGCAAUGAUGAACAGAUAUGCGAGAUGCCAGUUGAUGCCGCAAAUAUGGAUGAAACGGUGGACGAGAAUGAAGGGGCACAGAAUCAGGUGAUGCCCAGGCUAUCUUACUGA